AUGCUUCGCACGCUCACCAAAGCAACGUCUGGUUGUAGUGCCAGGCACGGGUCGCUCCUCUGCUUCCCGAACACACAUCUUCCGCAUGGCACAAAGUCAAGGGCGCGAUGGAUCAACGCACUCUCGCCUUCGAGAUCACUGUCUGCACCGUCCUCCAACGUCCUUCUCGUCCGAAGCAGCGCCUUCUUUUACAACCAGAGUAACAGGGCAAUGUUCAAUUCCUUGGAGAAAGUCACCCUCCCAUAUCUUCGGCACCCAUUCCAGUCCCAGCAAUGGAGGGGUAUGGCUAGCAAUGGAAGCAAAUCGUUACAACGGUUCGCCAGCUCCUUCUCUGUCGACUCGUCCAACAAAGUCGUUUAUACCAUUGUUGCAAUCAAUGUCGCCGUUUUUGCAAUAUGGCAAUAUGCAGAGGCGAAGGCACAGCGGUUCCGGGAUGGGAGGUUAUAUUACUUCAUGUUCAGAAAUUUUACAGACUCGGUCCAGAAUCUGAAGGAAGGAAGGGUGUGGACGCUGGUGACAAGUGCUUUCAGUCAUAAGGAAUGGUACCACAUCAUUCUGAAUACCAUGGUGCUCUUGUCGUUCGGAGAUCCUGUUUGGAGGAUGUUGGGUACGAGACGGUUCCUGGCUGUGUACCUGGGUUCUGCGGUGGCAUCAUCCCUUGCCAGCAUCGGAUAUUACUCACACAUAGGGCCUUACUUGCGGAAAAUGCAAAACAAGCCGCAAAGCAGCGCAAUGCACUUUUCAUUGGGUGCUUCAGGAGCGAUCAUGGGUAUUACUACAGCGUUUGCGUGCGUACACCCCAUGUCACAGUACUCGCUAUUCUUUGUCAUCAACAUGCCUGCAGCUGCACUGAUUGGUCUCUUUGGUGCAUACGAAUUGUACAAUGUGCUGGCCGUCAAUACGGGGCGAUUUGAUUCCGCAGGUCACUUGGGCGGAGGGCUCUUUGGUGCCGGGUAUUACUUUUUCAAACUUCGUCCUUUGAUCCGCAUGAUGGGUCGUCGAUAG